AUGAGGGUUGGACAAGGCAAGAAGCAUGGGCGGUACUGGCUUGGCGAUGGCGUCCUCGAUUCCACCCAGGUUCCCUCUCUCUCCCAGAUCCGAGCUGAAACCCCGAGCGGAGGCCCGGCCAUACGCCAACGGUCGUCCCCUUCACAGCAGAAGAUUGUGGCACUCGAGGCCGAGAACAAGAGGCUCAAUGAGAAGGUAGCAAACCAUGCCAAGCAGCUGGCCGAAAUUAAGGCGUUCCUCCAGAGUCAGAAUGGGGGGGCUUUGUUAAGUCCUCAUGCGAGUCCUUCUCAGUCAACCGUGGGUUCGAAUAACCCACCUCAACUGCAAGCAGGCGACCGAUCUAUGCCUUCGCCAGGCCAUGCCAGGCAAAUUGCUUCACCAGACGACUAGUUUCCCGUCAACCUCUAGUUUGCUUUCCCUUUUCGCCGCUUGAUGGACAUGUAUAUUGGACAUAUUCUGCUUGUGUGAGACAUGUUUCGUUUGAUGGACAUGUUAUGUUUGGACAUGUCGAUGUUCGAUGAACAUAUUAUGGUUGAUGUGAUAUAUAUGUGCCAUAUUGUGUUUGUGAUGUCAAAUAUGUGUCAUGUAUAUUGUAUGUGAUUUGUUUGUGAACACAGAAAUAAAAUAAAAAAAUUAUAUA